GCGCUGUUGUGAUUCGCACGAACAGAGAGAGAGAGAGAGGCACAGCAGACUAGUAGCGUCGCAGCUUCUCUAGAGCGGAGAAGUCUGUUAGGGUGGCUCACGGCGACGUUUCAUAAAUUACUGGGUGCUGCUGCAAUUUAAGUUGGAAGUCCACGUGCACGGCGUAUGAAAUGCAUUUAGAGCGGUGGAUUUAAAGUCGUCCGUUGUAUUUCAAGUGCUGGCAGUCCGACCCUGGAUUCCUGAAGUGCGCGCAGCGGUCGUGAUCUCUGGGAAUUAUUAGUGAUUGUUCACUGGCUCGGGACUAUGGCGCUGAAAGCCAGAGCUUUGUACGACUUCAGCUCCGAGAACCCCGGUGAAAUAUCAGUGCAGGAGAAUGAAAUUGUGACUCUGUACAGCGAAACUGAUAUUGAGGGUUGGUUGGAGGGAAUGAAUGCCCGGGGAGAGAGGGGUCUCUUCCCGGCUUCUUACGUGGAGGUCCUCAGGAGCGAUCCGCACUCUGCUUUCAACAGCACAGGCACUACAGAUGGCUAUCCCGGCCCCCGGUACGCCAAUGUCCCUGGCGUCUCAGCGUACCCUAGUCUGCCCCAGCAGGACAGCUUCAGUCACACUCCCGCCUCCGGCUUCAUCACAUUCGCCACUCCGUCUCAUCAAGUACCCCUACAGCAGCAACAGCACCAACAACAGCAUAGCUCCCAGGUGAGCCAGGGAAGCGAUGACGACUGGGACGAUGACUGGGAUGACAACUCAACAGUGGCGGACGAACCCGGCGUGGUUAGCGGAGGGAGCUAUCCGGAUUACGACGGAAGCGGAGUCGGCAGAUAUCGCGUGUCCACCCGCUCGGACGCUUCGUCUGUGUCGCGGGGCUCUAACGCACAGCACGGCGCCAAAAGCUCGGCCACCGUGAGCCGCAACCUCAACCGCUUCUCUACCUUUGUCAAGUCCGGUGGCGAGGCGUUCAUUCUAGGAGAGGCAGCAGGUUUUGUGAAAGAUGGGGAUAAGAUCUGCGUGGUGAUGGGCCAGUAUGGCCCCGAGUGGCAGGAAAACCCUUACCCAUUCACGUGCACCAUCGACGACCCAACUAAGCAGACCAAGUUUAAAGGGAUGAAGAGUUACAUCUCCUACAAACUGACGCCCACCCACACGCACAACCAAGUGAACCGGCGAUACAAGCACUUCGACUGGCUGUACGCGCGACUAGUCGAGAAGUUCCCAGUGAUCUCCGUGCCGCACAUCCCCGAGAAGCAAGCCACCGGGCGCUUCGAGGAGGAUUUCAUAUCUAAGCGGAGGAGAGGGCUCAUCUGGUGGAUGAACCACAUGACUAGCCACCCGGUGCUUGCUCGCUGCGACGUUUUCCAGCAUUUUCUGACGUGCAGCAGCACAGACGAGAAGAGCUGGAAGCAAGGCAAAAGGAAAGCGGAGAAAGAUGAAAUGGUGGGAGCUAACUUCUUCCUGACGAUCAGCACGCCGGCUAAUCCGCUUGAUUUGCAGGACGUGGAGGCAAAGAUCGACGGCUUCAAGACCUUCACUAAGAAGAUGGACGACGGCGUCUUGCAGCUCACCAACACUGCCAGCGAGUUUGCCAGGAAACAAAUCACCGGCUUUAAGAAGGAGUACCAGAAAGUGGGUCAGUCCUUCCGAUACCUCAGCCAAGCGUUCGAGCUCGAUCAACAGAUGUACUCUGGGGCGCUCAAUCACGCCAUCGCUUACACCGGCGAGACUUACGAUGCAAUCGGGGAGUACUUUGCAGAGCAACCCAAACAGGAUUUGGACCCAGUGAUGGAUUUACUGGCACUGUACCAAGGGCAUCUCGCCAAUUACCCGGACAUCAUUCACGUCCAAAAAGGAGCCCUAACCAAAGUGAAAGAAAGUAAGAAACAUGUAGAAGAGGGGAAAAUGGAGUUGCAGCAUGCAGAGGGAAUUAAUGAACGAUGCAAUAUCAUCUCGUUUGCCACCUUAGCGGAGAUCCAACACUUCCACCAGAUUCGUGUUCGGGACUUCAAGACACAGAUGCAACAUUUUCUCCAGCAACAGAUUGCUUUCUUCCAAAAGGUGACGCACAAGCUGGAAGAUGCGCUCCAGAAGUAUGACAAUGUCUAGGCACUGAGGCUAGAGCUCACCUCCACCCAAUUUUGUGGCCUUUCCCAAGAAGCAACAAUCCAGAAUCACUCCAUUCUGCAGAAGACAGAAAUAAGAAAUGCACCAUAUAGAAGAUUUUUGACCAGCUCUUUCCAGUGUAGGUAAAGGCUUGAGAACAUUGGUUAUGUUCCUUAAAGGUUCUUCAUUUUUUUUUAAGUGGUUUUAGGGUCCAGUGUCUAUAUCCUUAUCAGUUACUGAGAAAGGUGAGGGCAGGCUGCCUCCAUUUGUAAGUCCUAUGGAUCAUUGUUACAGCAGCAAAUGAAGUAAUAAACUGUAAUGUAUUUAUUAGACAAAUCUGAAAAUGAAACACUGCAACAAUUUGCACAGGCUGAUCCAGGCUUAAUUCUGUGACGAUGGCUACUGUAGCCAAACAGUGUAUGUUACCUUAUUCCAAAAAGACUGGAGUGCAUUUAGAAACCUUCUGUCUGUCGUUCUUCGGUUGCUGUAGAGCCUAAAUGAUUGGCCAUCAUAUGGAGUGGAGUACACGGUGUUCUACUCUGAAGGCAAAGAAAGAGCAAAUGACAUCUUCCUAUGCUGUAGCUUUAUGUCUGGACGCUUUAUCUUUGAGUCCAGUUGAAUCUCAGUCUGAACUGUGAGCUGCUCGUGUCAGAAAGCAGAUGGAUCACCUGUAGGUAAGCCAGGAACCAGGGCACACCUUAGUGCUGCAUUACAAAAGAAUUCUAUAUAUAAUGGAGCAAGUUUAUAUUUGAUAUGUUUACACUUAACGGAAAAUAUAGCAUAUGCCUUAUUCUGUUGUUAAAAAAAAAAAGAGAGUAAGAACAUUGAAUUAUUUUAAUGAUUAGUCCUUAAUAAGCAUACAGGAUGUUCAAGUUCCCUUUGACUGGUCCACCUCAGUUGCCUUGGAAUAAGAGCUUUUUAUAAAAGUAGGGAUGAGCGGGAGAACACACAACUAUCCCUGUUUACAGUUUGCAUCCUAAAAGAGCAGCUAUUCCUAGUGCCUUUACAAUUCUGUCUCUUUGUAGUCCCUCCAAAUUAUCAGGCUAACUGUUCAAAAAGUGAGCAACACAAAAGCACCAGGCUGCACGAGAGACAAAAAGGGAGGUGGAUGGGAGAUGUAACGCCUUGCAAAGCAUUCUUUAGGCAAGAAGACACACAGACUGUAUUUCUGAGAAUAUUUACCUUUCAUUCUACAAAUCAAGUCAAAAUACUUGUAUACUUUCUCUAAUCUCUCUCUUUUUCAUUUUUUUUUCCUGGUUUUUGGAUAUAUACAGUUAACAGUUGCAUAGGAGGGACAUGAGGAGGAUGCUGUUGUCCUAGAUUCCCAGUAUACCAAAAGCUGAGGUCUUUCUCCUAUCUAAGCACCAGGAAAACGCCUGGUCUAAAAAUGCCCACUAAAGCACACACUUGAUUUUUGGUAGUUUAGCUUUUUUUUUUUUUUAGUAAAAAUUUCCUGGAAAUGAUAAAGCUUGGGAUGUUUGAAAUUCCCAUAGUACAAAAAUAACAUUCUGUAACCCAAAACUGCAAGGGUGCAAAGAUGAAUUUUUACGAUCACUGUGUUUCUGAAAUACUGUAUGCAGCCUUCAAAGCAGGAGAAUCUGUAUUUUAUUCAGUUAUAACAAUAAUUACUGUUUUGUAAAGCACUUCGUUAUUAAUUUGUGAUGCUUCCCAUCUGCUGCAUCCUGCAGCCCAGGACUAGGAAAGACUUGUUACAGAGUAUCAGGUCACAGCACAAAAUAAAUUCAUUCUCAGCACAA